AUGGAGACCCCCGGCUCGCUCUCCAACGCAGACGAAGCCGCGAUCCUCAUCCAGAGAGCGUACCGUCGAGUCCAGCGACGGAUCGCGAAGGACAACGAGGAACUCAGCGCGAUCCUCAACGCGCUCGAGGACCGCGAGGAGAACCGAAUCAACGAGCGACGACGCGGCGUCAUGGCGACCGUGAACCAAGCGCUCGGAUCGCUCGCGCGGACGACGCGGAUCAAGCUCAAGGACAUCAGCGCGGACAUCGGUCUGCGCGCGCGAAGCGCCAAGGACCCGUCGGAGAUCGCCGCCCUCCCGACGCUCACGUCGGGGUCGAUCGAGAACCUUCUCCGCGGCCUGGGCGAGGACGAGCGCGUCUCGAUGACGGACGCGCUCGCGAUUCUCCAGGCUGUCGCCGUGCUCUUCGCGUCCGAGCCGUCCGUUAUCGACGUCGCGGUACCCGCGGGAGGGAAAGUCGUCGUCGUGGGCGACUUGCACGGGCAGAUACACGACCUGCUGCACGUGUUUGCGUCGCAGGGGUUGCCGAGCGAGAAAACGAUUUACGUCUUCAACGGCGACCUCGUCGAUCGCGGCGACCACGCAUGCGAGGUGUGCCUGCUGAUCUUCGCCCUGAAGCUCGCGCGCCCAAACAGCGUGUACGUGAACCGAGGGAACCACGAGGAGCCGCACAUAAACAUCUACGGCGGGUUCGAGGAGGAGUGCCUCGGAAAGUACGACCACUCCGUGUUCCAGACGUUUCACGCCGUCUUCACGUGGCUCCCGUGGGCGUGCGUGAUCAACGGUAAGACGCUCGUGUUACACGGCGGUCUACCCGGGGACCCCACCGUGCGGUUGCGGGACAUUCGAGAACUCGCGCGCGGGCCGGACGUCCUCGCCGCGGACCACAACAUGGGCGACGAGAAGUGGAUGAAGGACUUGAUGUGGAGCGACCCGCAUCCGAGCCCGGGGUUUCGGGGGUUCGAACCGAGCGCGCGCGGCGCCGGAGUGUUGUGGGGUCGCGACGCGACGAACGCGUUUUUGGACCGCGAGAAGCUCACGACGCUCGUGCGAUCGCAUCAGUGCGUCGACGAGGGGUGCGAGGUGACGCACGGAGGCAGAGUGUACACGGUGUUCAGCGCGUCGAAUUACUGCGGCGCGGGCGGGAACAAGGGCGCGGUUGUGAUUUUCAAAGAGAAGGCGGAGAGGCCGACGAAACACGUCAAGUGGGACCAUCGAAAGAUAAAGCACAACGCGCUGACGCAGACGGUGCAGACGAGGCGGGAGGGCAAAGCCGCGAAGCUCGCGGCCGCGGUGGCGCAGGCGUCGGAGUACAUCUACGAGAACAAGACCGCGUUGCUGCGGUACUACGCGCUCGGGGACGACGCCGACGACGGCUUCGCGACGUUCGAGUGGUGGGCGACGGGCCUGUCCGAGGUUCUGCAAGUCCGAAUGAAGUGGCUCAACCUUCUGUACGACCUGACCACUCCGGACGAGAUCGACCCGGAGCGCGGGGGCGUGUUGUACCGCAAGUGGCUCUCGCGGUUCCACGUGCACAUGAAGGGCGGGUGCAAAGAGUGGCAGUCGGACGUCGCGUCGGAACUCGUCGGGGCGAUCAUGCAAGGCGGCGGCGACCUCGCCGCGGCGUUCGAAUCCAUGGACGUGAACCACGACGGGGAGUUAUCCCCGGAGGAGUUCCGCGCGAGCGUCCGCGCGCGGUUGCCCUCGCUCGCGGUUUUCUCCGACGCGCAGCUCGACGCGGUGUUGACGUCGUUCGACGUCGACGGCAGCGGCGAAGUCGAUCGCGGCGAGUUUGUCAAGUCGCUCGCGGCGUCGAUCGAGCCCGCGCGCGAAGGAAGACGCCGCGCGCGCGUCGGUCUUCAGUGGGACACGUCGGGGGGCGAGGAAGUCCCGAUCACCCCGACGUCGAACGACCCGCAGGACGUCGUGCGGCUGCUCGCGGACGCGAUCGCGCGACUGUUCUUCACGCACCGCGCGGAACUGUUUCACGUCUGGCGGACGCACUUCGACGUCGACGGCACCGGGUCGAUAUCGUCGUCGGCGUUCGCGGAGAGCGUUCGCGUCGCCGACGCCGCCGCUUGCGCGCACGGGGGCGGGAAGCUGAUCUCCGAGAAGGCGAUCGAGCGGUUGAUAGAGGUGUUGGAUAGCAACGGCGACGGCAUGAUCGAUUUCGUGGAGUUCUCGCGGAACGUCGGGUCCCUCGUCAAACGCGCGUUGGGCGCGUUGGAGCACUCCCCCGAGGUCGCGCCAGUGGCGUAUUAG